AUGAAUCACUUACCACCGUCGGUUGGAGGCAUGUUGUUUCGAGUUCUACUUCUCGUCUUAGCUUCUGCUAAUCUGGUCGACGCUUAUUUCGGAUUGGAUCAAUCAGAGCAAAUCCCGAAGGUUUAUACAUGCGAGAUCGACGGAAUCGUGGACAAUGUAAUUCACCAACUUCACGGAAAUCUCGUCAACUGCCAAAACCCUCCGAUGGAAUGUUGGAUUGACCCUCAUGAGUUUCUUAUUAAGACUCAGACAUUGGUUAACUGUCAAGUACCAAAUGAUGAUUGGAUAUUUUAUGACGAGAAAGAAUGCGUCUUCCAGUUCUACUACCGUCGCAGUGACUGUUUCUACGAGAAUCGGUGUUACAGUAUGUCAAUGAUUUGCGUGCCAGUGAUCAGUUUCACGUUGUCCUUCAAAUUAGCUGCCGGAUUCGCUAUUCUCCUCGGAUUUUGUUUGCUGUUUCUGGUCACCUGCUGCAUUCAGAAACUGUGUGGAUGUAAGAAAGAAGCAAAGACUAUUCCUCAGAAAUCACAAAUUGUGAAGCUUCGUGAGAUCCCUAAGGAGGAACCAAUGCGUCUUCACAACAACUUCGUUCCGUUGAUGUAUGAAACUGCGAUUUGA